UAGGUGGCGCGUCAAGAGUGGCGGUGAAUCAGUGGAGCAUCAAACUAUUCUCCUAUACUGAGGUACUGUGUGAUAACCAAAACAAAUGCUCAGGGACGGUGGUCUAACUAUCUCAGAGCAGCAGUGGUGCCAAUGCAGAGGUUUAUGGGUCAUAUCCUGAAUUUUAUCAACAUAGAAGCACUUACAGCAAAGUGUAUGUGCAGCUGAAGGAGACAAUUGCAAAAUCUAAGAAAUACUUUUACUUGUGAAUUACUAAAUAUGGCCAAUUUUUCUGUCAGAGCCCGUUACUGUAUUGAUAAUGUAACAGGAACCAGUUUCUUGUGUUCAGAUGUGUCACAGAUACAAGAACUUUUAUAAUAUAAAAUUCGUCUGUGUUGCUUGGCUGAAAUCAGAUUCAUGUAUACAGUACGGUAUAUUUUGAGAGAAAAGAAGGAAUUCAGUGUUACAUAUCUCGACCAGAAAUCAAAGAAAUAUUCUAGGCAUUAAAAUCUUGUGGAAGGAUUGGUCAUACAGUAUGCCAGAUACAGUACAUGUUCCUAACUACUGUAUACUCAACUUGCUUAUAGUGUACAGUACUGUAGUAAUAGAAGUGAUCAUACCAACAUAGGUGCUAUCAAGCUUAUAAUAAGGAAAUGGAAAAUAGAUUACAGGGUCAGAUGAAAGUGUGUGUUGUAGUCAGUGCAAAGACUUCAUCAACUAUAUAUUACCCAUGUUACAGUGGAGGCUGUCCCUCUACUAGAGAACAGUACAUGAAUGGACUUUAAAGAAAUAUAUACUGUACUGUAAGAAAAAUUGGCCUUGUAUAGUACCACAUGAGUCACAGGAGAAGCAGGUUUUCUUAAGUACAGUACAGACCUAGAAAUGGAUGAAAUGACAGUAUCAGAGUGUCAGGGUGCAAAACCGUCGCCGAUUAUAAUACUUGAUGCUAUCCCAGUAUUACAACUAAUUGGUAAUAGAAAAACAUCUUGCUCACAGAAUACAAGGACAGCGUUAUGUGUGGAAGAGAAAGUCAGAAACUCAGAGUCAAGUUCAUUGGGAGGACAACCCGGCCCAUUAUAUCCUAGCGCAGAUUAUCAACUACAAGAGACAGAUUCCCAAAACUUUUUCGUUUCUGAAAAAAUUCCUUCGUCCUUACAGUUUCCAAAUGUUACACAGAACAAAACUUUACAGUGCCAGGAGCAGGAAACACAAAUGCCAUCCUCUUCAAAAAAUAUUAAAUUACUGAACAAUUCUGGCAGUGAAAAUUUAAGUAAAAAACCCCAUUCUCUCUGGCAACUUUCAUCGGAAAGUUUACCAGAUUUGAAUGUUGAUAUUGUGCAUGAUCAUAUAAAGUGGUUCAGAGCACUUUUAUCAGAACAGUGCAAGGACAUAGUAAAUGGGUCUUUGACAUUCUCUGAGCAUAAAAACUUGGUGAUAGUUGAGACAUGCAUUGCUCAAGUAAUUACCUCACAGGUGCCUAAAUCACAGAUAAUGACCACAGAAUAUCUUUUUUCACAAGUGCAGUGUAACUUUGUUCGUAGUAUUUGGGACCUGAAACAAUUACUUGCAAAAAGUCCUCUAUUUGUGUAUAAUGUUAAUACACAAACGUGGAACAGACGCCGUCUUAUUAAAGAAACCAUCCCCGGAUGCCCAGAUGAACAUUGGGAUGGAAUAAGAAACUUGAGAAAUUUAUGGACUUUCCCAGAAUCCAUUCGAGGAGUUGAAAAUAUCAUGGCUGCUUGUUUGAAAAUAAUUUUAAGCACAUCGCUCAUGUCUAUGAAUCAGAUAUGUCAUGAUUUAUGUUCUACUUUAUGUAUUCCCUGGUCUAAAGGAAUAGUAGAACCACUUGGAAAUUGUUAAAUAUUGUAUCCACAGAAUCUGGAAAAGGGGCAGAUAAUGGAAAACAGACAAGAGGUAACGCUUUCAAAAAGUUGUACUUAAUAAA